CACUAGCGAAACAAAAGCAAAAAUACGUGUCUAAUUAUUUUUUGCCCUCUACAAUAUAAGCCCGAAAAAAAUUGAAAAUGAUCGUACCAGCAAAGGCACUUCCCUUGUCAGAUGAAAUUGAGCUCGUGGUCACAGCAAGAUUAUUAUUGUUGGAAGAAUGACCACCUUUGGUGUUGAUUUAAAAUCUCAUGGAGAUGAGAUACCUUAUAUUGUUGUUAAAUGUGUUACCGAAUUAGAAAAAAGGGGUAAAUGUGUUAAAGGACUAUAUCGUGUAAGUGGUGUUAAAUCAAGGGUGGACAAGCUUUGCCGAAGCUUUGAGAAAGGAACCGAAGUUGGUGAUUUAUCUGAUGUUCAUCCCAAUGUGAUUGCCAAUGUUCUCAAGCUUUAUCUUCGUCAAUUACCAGAACCUUUGAUGACUUUUAAAGCUUAUUCUGAAUUUAUACGGAUUGCCAAACAGUAUCCAUCUAGGACGAGACCUGAAGAAGAUCCAAGAUUGGUUGAACGUAUUAUCUCCUGCUUGAGAGAGGCAACCUCCAAGUUACCCUCGAUCCACUAUCAAACCCUAUCCUAUCUGUGCCAUCAUUUGAAAAGCAUUGCUGAUAAUCAUCAUAUUAAUAAUAUGCCACCAUCUAAUUUAGGAAUUGUUUUUGGUCCUACCUUAUUAAGAACUAAUGAAGGUCCAGCUGGCUUGUGCUCAUUAGUAGACAAUGUUCAUCAAACUCGUGUGAUUCAGCUGCUGAUCACUUUAGCUGAUAAAGUAUUUGGUGCUCCUCCUAUACCAGGUCAAAAAAUUGUUACAUCAACAGCAGUUACCUCAUUGUCAUUAUCACCUAAAAUUGUCCGAGACAAGAAAGAGGAAGAAGAAGAUAACCAGGAAUUGGAAUAUGAAUGUAUUGAAGAAGAUAUUGAACCAGAACCAACUAGAGAGAUUCGAAAAUCUAAAUCAAGUGUGAUUGUUAUGGCUAGAGAUACAACUACUCAAGAAACACUUGGCACUGAAAGGAUUCCUCGAUCGGGAAAUGUGAUUGACUAUAAUCGAUUGAAGCAAUUUAAUUCUCAACCGUCUUACUAUACAUCAACUGCGGUAAUCAAAUUAUCUCCUGGUCAAGCAUCCAGAUUAACUAGCUCAUCAUUUAUUCCAUCCAAACAAUCUCAACAACUACAACAACAAUUAAAGCAACAAACACCGCCAUCUCAGCAUCAAUUAAAACAAUCACAGUCUCAAUCUUUUCAACAACAAAACUUAAUGUUACCCCAAUCACAAUCAAUGAAUUUAGGAUUAACACGAAGUUCAACCAUGUCAACACCAACUUCUUCAACAACAAUAACCUCAACUUCUACUAGCCAUAAGCCUUCCUUAAAUGAACUGAGAAGAGCUUUCUUUACUAGUCCAUCAACAGCGAUCACAUCAACACAACGUUUAUAUCGACCUACAGCUAACGCAUCAGCUUCAUCUUUAAUAUCAACUCUACAGUCUUCACCUCCUUCAACCUCACCUUCGCCCUCGUCUUCCCCUUCAACUUCACCUUUACCCGUCUCAACAGCAACCGUAACAAUAUCAACAUCAAAACCAAUCACCUCAAUUCAAUUACAACAACAGCCAGUAACUCAACUCACUCCAAGCUCCUCAACAAAUUUGUCCCAGCGCUUUCUUCAACAACCUCAACAAUAUCAAUCCUCUGUUACAUCAUUAAAUCCAACCUUAACAAUUACCAAACCAUCAAUGAUUAAGAAAGCAUGCAUAAUCACAUCAAAUGUCUCAAAAUCUGGUUUACCAAAAAGCCUUUCACAUUCUGCCUCGGCGUCUAAUAUAAGAACCUCUGGCAGCGAAGAUCCAAAUAUCAGAGCCGAGCUUAAAUACUUAUGAGGACAAGCCUCCACCCAAAAGAAUGGAUAAUUUCGUUUUUUUUCUAAGAAAAAUAAGACAUCACGCAAACAUUAAUAAUUGAUAAACCUUAAUUGUUUCAGAUGGAAAGAAAGUAAUUUAUCUGUUCCCUGUUUUCUGCAACACUCUCAUCUUAACUAAAUGAUCUUUUGAGGGAAGCAAAUGCAUACUCGAUGAAGACUCAUUUUCUUCUGAUUAAUUUAUUUAAAUCGAUAUGAAUCUCACCUUUUAAUCUAAUCUUGUUGUGUAUUAUAAAAAUUCAAGUGAAAUAAUUAUACAAAAAAAAACACCUUUACCGAAUCUAA